GGGGCCUGUCCUCGCGGCCGAAAGGUGGGCGCUGCGAAGAGCAAGACGGAGUUGAAAAUUUGGAGAGUCCUGAGGCUUUCGGACCGAAAAAGACUCUCCUCUCUCACUGACGGUCUCCAUCAUGAUUCAUAGCCUUUUCUUGAUCAACUCCUCCGGAGAUAUUUUCCUAGAGAAACACUGGAAAAGUGUGGUCAGCCGUUCUGUUUGUGAUUACUUUUUCGAGGCGCAGGAGCGAGCGACGGAGGCGGAAAACGUCCCACCUGUCAUCCCCACUCCUCAUCACUAUCUCUUAAGUGUGUACCGGCACAAGAUCUUCUUUGUGGCUGUGGUCCAGACGGAGGUCCCGCCCCUCUUCGUGAUUGAGUUUCUCCACCGAGUGGUGGACACCUUUCAGGAUUAUUUUGGAGUCUGUUCGGAGCCAGUGAUAAAAGACAAUGUGGUGGUGGUUUAUGAGGUACUGGAAGAAAUGCUUGACAAUGGAUUUCCAUUGGCUACGGAGUCGAACAUCCUCAAGGAACUGAUAAAGCCUCCCACUAUCCUUCGCACCGUUGUCAACACCAUCACAGGAAGCACCAACGUGGGGGACCAGCUUCCCACUGGGCAGCUGUCGGUGGUGCCUUGGCGACGGACCGGGGUGAAAUACACCAACAACGAGGCCUAUUUUGAUGUGAUUGAAGAGAUUGAUGCCAUCAUUGAUAAGUCAGGUUCCACUAUCACCGCGGAGAUCCAGGGGGUGAUUGAUGCCUGCGUCAAGCUGACCGGGAUGCCCGACCUGACGCUCUCCUUCAUGAACCCCAGGCUGCUGGACGACGUCAGCUUCCAUCCCUGUGUCCGCUUCAAGCGCUGGGAGUCCGAGCGCAUCCUCUCCUUCAUCCCGCCGGACGGGAACUUCCGCCUGCUCUCCUACCACGUCAGCGCCCAGAAUCUGGUGGCAAUUCCAGUGUAUGUCAAACACAGCAUCAGUUUCCGGGACAGUAGUUCCCUGGGACGCUUUGAAAUAACGGUGGGCCCUAAGCAGACCAUGGGGAAGACCAUAGAGGGCGUGACUGUCACCAGCCAGAUGCCCAAAGGGGUCCUGAACAUGAGCCUCACUCCGUCUCAGGGGACACACACGUUUGACCCUGUCACCAAGAUGCUGUCUUGGGAUGUAGGAAAAAUCAAUCCCCAAAAGCUACCAAGUUUGAAGGGGACCAUGAGUCUUCAGGCCGGAGCUUCCAAACCAGACGAGAACCCCACAAUUAACCUGCAGUUUAAGAUCCAGCAGUUGGCCAUUUCCGGACUCAAAGUGAAUCGUCUGGAUAUGUAUGGAGAAAAGUACAAACCCUUUAAGGGCAUAAAGUACAUGACCAAAGCCGGAAAGUUCCAAGUCCGAACCUGAAGGCAGAGUUUGGCCGAGGAAACAGUCAUGAACACUUUUUCAUUUCUUCCUUGUCUAAAAGCAAAAGCAAUCAGCUCGUCUCCUAGGUCAGUGCCCCUUCUGGCCCCACCCACUCCUGUUUUUCCUCAGCCUUCAGUGCCACGGAACAGAUGCAGGGAGAAAGGGGUCGCCGGAGAGGCCAGGACAGAACUGGACAAGCCGGCAGCAGGGCACAGGUGUGCGAUGGAGGGACCGUCCUGACUCCAUACCAAACCAUCCUGAGCAUGGUCCCUGGAGGAAGACUAGCACUUGUUGCUCGCUUGGCUUUAAUUCUCCAAAGCCAAGGAAAGACUUCUUUGUUUUUGUUUUUAAGGUGGAAAGAAAGAUUAGACAGAGAGCAAGCUUGGAAGGAAAACGAAUGUUCCCCGAGGAAGGGGCAGGGAAGGCUCUGCUCUGAGGGGAGCCCCAGGUGUGUGGACGCCCUCAAGUGGGGGCGGAGAGGAGCCCGCCAGCCCCACGGGCAGGAGGGGGCAGAGAACAGAGGCGAGGUAGCUUCUUUUUAACCCCUCUGCUUUCACUCACACAUAAACAUCUGUACUUCUAGAAAUGAGCUGGGAACUCCCCACACUCAAGUCCACUACUGACAUGGAAAACGCCAGGAGAAUCUGAUUUUCCCUUAAAGAUGACAGUGGUGUCCGACCAGGUUUCAGAUGCUGACCGCCACUUGCCAUUAGCACUUGGUCUGUCACCUCCCAUGAAGUGACCCGCCCCCUGCCCAGCACUGGUUGCCCGAAAUGCCUCUUUCCCUGACCCCAGACAAUCCCAGUGACUCCACUUCUCCAACCCUUUCCCUGCUCCUUGAGGAGAGUUUUCAGAGAUGCCGACUGCAUCCCCCUGGGGUGGCCAGGUUUUGUGCAGCACAGUAGUGGAGCGUGGAUGGCCCCCUCAUUCCUCGUGGAGGGGUCCCAGCCCUGGGACCCAGGGUUGUCAGUGCGGGACUGGUCCUGCAACCGGAGCCUCCCGUUGGAAAUGUGUCUCCAUCAGUAACCCCAGGUGAACAGGAAGCUUACCACUGAGGCCAAGUCAGUCCUGGGAGCCUCCCAGGAGUUUCCUGAGUCUCUUCUGUUCUCUACCAGGUAGUAUAUUUAUUCCCAAUACACAUCUUCCAGCCCAUUUUUGUUUUAAGACAAAAUCCCCUAAAUCUUUGAACACACCGGAUGCUGUCGGAAGGUGGGCUAUGUUGCUCGUGUAUCGCGCAGUUUAAAAAACAUGGCAGCUGAAGGAGCCCCUCAGGCCUUCCCAACGAGUAGCUGAAAUUCCAGUUCAGAAUGCUCGUUACCCCUUUAAUUAUUGAUACAAAAGACAGGUUUUUUAAAUGAUAGUUGAAGGAGUAAUAUUUGCUCUGUUUCAUGCAUUGAGAAAAACACCUUGUGCUCUGCAAACCCUACAGUCUUUGUCUAAAGCCCUGGUUCCAGAUACUUCAGCAAUUUCCCCCCCUAGUUUUAUCUUCCUACUUGCUGGACUUGUUUUUGCUGCAGAAUUAUGUCGCUUUGUGGUUCUCCCUGGGAUAAAUUGUGCCAUGUACACCCCGAAGUGUCUCAUCCUCCAUCACUCCAGACUUGGUCCUGGAUUUCUGGGUGCUACACACCCACCUGCCGUGGUAGGGAGACAGCUCUGCCGGUGGACCCUGGAACACCAGAACGACUUCUCUCCCAGGUCCUGGAGGAUUUCAGGGUUUCCUUCGUCACAGGAAACCACCAGUCUUGGUCCCUGAAUAUUCUUCGGUUUAUAAGUCCAGCUGUGUUAUUUCCUCCAGGACAGCUCAUCCUAAUUUGAAGGGAAGGACUUAGGAGAAAUAAAGGGGGUGUGUGAUCUGCAGACCUUAGCGUGGGAGGCCCCACCGGACCCAGACCCCUAGGCGACCCCUCCACCCAGCGGCGUGUCAGCCUGAGUGAUGCCGGGCAACGCCACUGAGCUGCUCCGGUCCGUACGUGUUUAAUGUGCAGUAGCAUUUAAACCUGUUUAAACCUUAAUAAAGCUGAGUUUUACCAGUCCUUCACAUCCUAAGUGUUCAUGUCCUAGGACCACCGGGUGCACACCCCGGUGGAGGCAAGAGGAAAUAAAUCAGUUCAGGGGAUCUCACUGCUUCCACGCUUUGCAGCCAACAGAUCUGAAGGAAGCCACUUGUAGUUUGGGGGCGUUGGUGUUAACAGCAUGUUGAAGGUCAUGAGAACAAGGGACCAAAUCAAUCCAACGCUGUUUCCCCAGCGGGUGAAAGACAAGUUCAAGCUGCUGCUGCCUGUUCCAGCUCCCUGUUCUCUCCAUCUUUGUAGGUUGAUUAAUGCGGGCGUGAAGCGGGGAUUCGAGGCUCUAGUCAUCCUACUUUUAGUGGAGAUCUGGGGGAAAGCCACACGGCAGCUCCUGGGAAGUGUAGACACUGGUCAUUCUCUGGUAUCCGUCCUAAUUUCCCUCCGUGGGUCCCUCGUGGCCGGGGGGAGACUGACUCCUUUCUGUACGCUAACCACAGUGCCGUGCAGUGUUUAUUGCUACCCACCCUAAGUCGUUAAUACCUCUUUUCCCUUGGUCUGGCUGUUUCGGUAGCAUGGUGGGUGUGACCAGGUACGGUUUAUAAUACUUGUAAUUUCCUCUCUGGCCAGUAGGUGGUGACUCGGUGCCAGCCAUGAAAUUAAUUUUUUUAAUUAAAGAGUUUUGCAAAGCGAAUUGAGUUUGGGACUCUUCAACUUCCCCUCCAAGAUCCCAAAACUGGGGAUUUUGUGAGUCUUUGACUUUCAAAGUUAAACAUAGAGCCAAAGUUUAAGACGCUCCUUUUGACAACCUGACUUAAGAUUGGGGAUAGGUGUUUUGAUUAAAUCUGAGUUCCUCCAGGUCUUCAGCCACUGACACUGUUUGCACAGUUUUCUGAGAAUCUUCCUUGUUCUUUGGGUCUAUUAGCAGCUAUUUGUUUUGUUAACCAGCUGGAGAUAAUAUAAUAAAGUACUAUUUAAUUUCCCUUUA